CAACCGGACAGGAAGACCGCCCCCGCCCCACCGGCAACCGGGCCCCCACGAGCCCACCCCCCACCCCCGGAGAGCGCGGCGAGUCCAGCCCCCGGCCACCCCACCCAAGUUGGCCGCCACAGGACCACCCAGCACGGGGCCACGGGAACCACCCACCCCACCCGCAGGGACCCCAACGAUGGAGAUGGAACAACCAGCAACCGCCCCGCCGAGUCCCCCCCUGAGUUCUUCGGCGCGAUGGCGACAUGGAUGAGACACCACUUUUGAUCUGAGCUUUUCAAGCGAUGCACGUGGCCGUCAAGGACUGCGUCUCUCUCUUCGUUUACUCCUUCACUUUCCUGCUGGGCCUCCCCGCCAACCUGCUGGUUCUCUUCGUGUACGCCCGCAAGGCCCGCAAGCGCGGUGCCACGCCCAAUGUGGUCUACGCCCUCAACCUGUGCCUGGCCAACCUGGCGCUGGUGGCCUGGCUGCCCGUCAAGGCCCUGGAGACCGUGCUUCAGGACUGGAUGCUGCCGGCCCCCGUCUGCCCCGUCUACAGCUUCUUCCUCUUCGCCUCGCUCUACGGGAGCUGCCUCUUCAUCACGGCGGUGACCACGGGACGCUAUCUCAGCAUCGCCUUCCCCAUUAUUUACAAGCGAUACCGCCGCGUUCGCAUUUCCUGCUGCAUCAGCGCUGCCCUGUGGGCUCUGGUGCUGCUCCACCUCGGCGUGGGCCUGGUGGCUGAAGGCGGAGCCAACUUUGUCUCCGUUAAAGACGACGCGGCGGCGUGCUACGACCACUUCAACGCCUCCCAGCUGGCCGUGCUGCUUCCCCUACGCCUGGAAAUGGCCGUGGUCCUCUUCCUCCUGCCGCUGGCGGUGUCGUCCUUCUGCACGCUGCGCUGCGUCGCCCUGGUGUGGCGCUCCAACCUGCGGCCCGUGGGGAAGAGGCGAGUCCUCGCCGUGGCGCUCUCCACGCUGGCGGUGUUUGUGGUGUGCUACGCCCCCUAUAACGCCUCGCACAUGGUCGGUUUCGCCCUGUGGGAGAACGUGGAGUGGAGGACCUACGCCAUGUUGACGAGUUCCUGCAACGUCUUCCUGGAGCCCGCCGUCAUGCUGAUGCUGUCACCCGCCGUGUCGAGGGGCUUCAUGGGAAGGACGUGUGGGGGGCACAGCCAGUUCAGCCGCCGCGACGGGGGUCGCCAUCGCUGCACGACCCCCAACACUGUGGCUAACGUCAGGUCCCCUGCGACAAUCACUGAGGGGACUCAGGCUGGUGCUCUAAGUUCCUAAGACUAAGUUCCUCUGGCAAAGAGUAACAGGACUGAAAGUAACAGGAGUGAGUGUUGAGCACUUUUUUUUCCAACUCUAAAUCCAUUAAAUAGAUAUUCAACUCCUCAAAAUGUCCCAUCAUUUUUUUUUACAAAGAGUAACAGGACUGAAAGUAACAGGAGUGAGUGUGAAGCACUUUUUUUUUUACCAACUCUAAAUCCAUUAAAUAGAUAUUCAACUCCUCAAAAUGUCCCAUCAUUUUUUGUACAAAGAGUAAAAGGACUGAAAGUAACAGGAGUGAGUGUUGAGCACUUUUUUU